UUGUUUUGGUGCAAUCAUGGCGUCCCACUGCAGCCUCUCUACGCUGUUUCCCAUCCAGAGUCAGCUGGACAACGCUUUGGAUGACGCUGCGACACAGCAAGAAAAAGAAGAUCUUGUCUUGUCUUAUUUGAAAAAGAUAGACGAGAGAGAAGACCUGAAGAUACCGGAUUUUCAGACAGGCUUGGAGUGGCUGAACACAGAGGAGCCCCUGUCGUUGAGCAAGGAGCUGGCUGGUAAAGUGGUGCUGCUGGACUUCUUCACUUACUGCUGCAUCAACUGCAUGCACAUCCUCCCUGACCUGCACCAGCUGGAGAAGAGACACUCUGCCGAAGAUGGGCUGGUGAUUAUCGGUGUGCACUCUGCCAAAUUCCCCAAUGAAAAAGUCCUGGACAACAUCCGGAGCGCCGUGCUCCGCUACGAUAUCCGUCACCCAGUGGUCAACGACAACGAGGCGUCUCUCUGGCACCAACUGGAAGUCUCCUGCUGGCCCACGCUGGUCCUGCUGGGACCGUGCGGCACAUUGCUCUUCUCCCUGGUGGGCGAAGGCCACAGCGACCGGCUGACUCUUUUCACCGACGCCGCUCUCCGGCAUUACAGGGAACUAGGUCAGCUGAAGUCUCACUCGGUGGGGAUCAAGCUUUACAGGGACUCGCUGCCACCCAGCAUCCUUUCCUUUCCCGGGAAGGUGGCUGUGGAUCACCGCAGCAAAAACCUGGCUAUAGCAGACACGGGCCAUCACAGAAUCGUGGUGGUUUCCCCCACUGGACAGCUGCUCCACACCGUAGGAGGGCCUGAAAGAGGGAGAGAAGAUGGCGACUUGUCCGAAGCCUCCUUCAACUCCCCACAGGGCGUGGCCAUCAAAGGGGACAUCGUGUACGUGGCCGACACUGAAAACCACCUCAUUCGAAAGGUCGACCUGGCCCAGGGACGAGUCAGCACUCUCGCCGGCGUAGGCUCGCAGGGGACAGACAAAGAGGGCGGGGCCAUGGGGCCCCAGCAGCCAAUCGGCUCUCCGUGGGAUGUGACGCUCGGCACUGCCGGCGGCGCUGAAGACAACGUGCUGUGGAUCGCCAUGGCAGGGACCCAUCAGAUCUGGGCCUUGUUCCUAGCAGAUGGAAAGCUGCCCAGAGGAGGUGAGUCCAGGGCAGGAACGUGCGUGCGCUGGGCGGGCAGCGGCAGCGAGGAGAACCGGAACAACGCCUACCCCCACAAGGCGGGCUUCGCCCAGCCUUCGGGGCUGGCGCUGGCUGCAGAGGAGCCCUGGAGCUGCCUGUAUGUGGCCGACAGCGAGAGCAGCUCCGUCCGUUCUCUGGCCCUGAAGGAUGGAGCCGUCAAGAACGUGGUCGGAGGAGAGAGGGACCCACUGAACCUUUUUGCUUUCGGGGACGUGGACGGCAAAGGGGUGGAUGCCAAGCUGCAGCAUCCCCUCGGUGUUGCCUGGGCUCGUGAACAAAGCCUGCUCUAUGUGGCCGACUCCUACAACCACAAGAUCAAGGUGGUGGAUCCAAAGACAAAGCAGUGCACCACGUUAGCGGGGACAGGAGAAGCUGGAGACACGCUGGGCCCACAGUUCACCGCAACCUGCUUCAAUGAACCCGGAGGACUCUGCGUCAGUGGGAAGCAUCUUUACGUGGCCGACACCAACAACCAUAAAAUCAAACUUCUCAACCUGGACUCCAACACUGUCUCUCUGUUCCACAUCGCCACCGAGUGCACAGACUCAGCAGCUGUGGCGCCUCUGGGAGCCACCAAAGUCCCCACGCUGCCCAAAUCAGCUGCCAGGAAAGAUUUGCCUCCAGUUUCGGCGUCCGAGGGCCAGACUGUCGUAAUGUCGCUCACCGCGUCGCUUCCAGAAGGAGCAAAACUCACCCAAGAGGCACCCAGCAGCUGGGCACUCUCAGCUGAGGGUAACGAGUGGCUGCUGGAAAGCCAGGUGACGUCUGGACACAUUUUAGAUUUGUCGAAGCCGCUCCGUGUCUCGGCCCAACUCCCCGCUGCCGUGAAGGAGUCGGACCGGAACGCCAGCCUCAGGUUGAGCGUCUGGCUGUUCUACUGUUUGGAGGAAGGUAAAGCCUGCACGAUGAAAGCCGCGUGCUUCACCCAGCCUCUCCACAUCAAGGCGGGUCCCGGAGAAGGAGACGUCACCGUGGCGUUGGACCAUUCCUUCUAAAACCGGCCGCACGGCUCCGCAUUAAGAAAAUAUUACCUCCGCCCUCGGAUCUAAACCCAUAUUGAAGGUUUUGUUUACAGUUUUGAAGGGAGAAUCCUACCUUUUAAGUAGGAUAGCACGGAAAAAAUCCUUCAAACUUCCCCAAAGUUCCUCGUAAGAAACGCGGAUUAUCUGCUCUGUAUUGAUUAAUGAUGUGCGUAAAGUUUCAGAGCAAGAAGCAAAGCAGCUUAAUAGUAAAUGUAUUUAAUACCGUGUUUUUGCCUAGUCGGAGGGGACUUUUGUACAUCUUUUCAUAUUAACAGGAAAAAUUGUUAGAGAUGGAUAAAAUGAAUGAUGGGACAUGAAUGACAUUUUGAUUAUGCAAUUAGCAGGUAGUGGUGAGCUAUUUUCUUUAAUUUAAUUCAAAUUAUUUAUAUUUCAGAACAUUUGGUUUGCUAAACGCAGAAUCAGAACCUUGACAAGCAGCUUUUUUUUUUUUUUUUACUCAAGUCCACUUCUACAAAAGAUCGAUUUACAUUUAAAUCUUGUGAAGACAAUAUUCUCUGUAACUACUGAAAUGUAAUUACCGAGCAGUUUCUGAACCCAUUUCUCUCAGAACCCGGUUUAAUCUUCCGUUUCCAUCAGUUCCGUGACUAACUUUUGAGAAAAAAAAGGAGAAUAAAACUGAACGAGGGACUUUAAAUGGAGCUGAGAAAUGAUUCGGUCUAAUUCUGCCUCUGACUGUGAAAGCAAAGCACACCUUGUGAAUGCUAAUAUGGAGAUAUGACCGUUUUCCUAACAUGGGGGGGGGGGGGGGGGAUUGGGCCUUUCAUCGGGGUAUUGGAAUAGGAAACCAAAAAUAUCCAGUGCGUCAUUCCAUCUGAGCAUAAUGAAAGAUGUGUAAAACAGAGAGGGACAGGCAUAAAUCUUUUGAGACCUUGAUUUAUUGAGGUUAUCUAUGCAGAGACUCGUAUUUUAUAACCCUUAUCGGGUUAAAGUAGUCCACUGUUAAGAUUUAAUGUAAUAUUUACAAAGACUUGCAAAAGUAUUCACGCCUCUUGACAUUUUUUUUUUCCACAUUUGGUCGCGUUAAAACCACAAACUUGUGACAUUUCAGUUUUCUUUAUUAAAAAAAGCAAAGACAUUGUAGUAUACGAUUAUAUGCAUUGCCAUGACGCGACACUUUGUCAAACCAACGUUCAAUCUUUGCAGCUGAAGCUCAGUCAGAUUCUCACCACUGAUUCUCAGUUUGCUUUACUUUGACUAGGCCACGUUGGAUCUAAUUUGCUCCAUUGGAGGUUCCGGCUGUAUGCUUUGGCUGUGCGUUACUAGAUGGUUAACCUUUGACCCAGUAUCAAGCCCAUUGUCUCUUUGCUGCACCGUCCUGUAUUUAGCUCCAUCGAUCUCAUCAACUUUGAUCACCUUCUGUGCCCCCACAGCAUGACGCUGCCGCCUCCAUGCUCCACCGCAGUCACGGUGUGUUUGGGGUGAGGUGCAGAGCGCGGUUAUUGCACGCCGGCCGUAAAGCCUGGUUUCAUUCUCUUCUGUGCCGUGUCUCCAACAUGGCUUGUGUGAACUUGUACUCUUCCAUAAAAGCUGUAUUUGUUGAGCGCAUGUCUUAUAAGUGUUCUGCUCCACCCGAGCUGUUAAUCUCUGCAGGUCCCCCAGAGUUACUGAGGGCCCCUUGGCUGCUUCUUGGAUUAAUGCUCCUCUGGUUGCGCUGGAUUUAAUUUAAAAAGGAUAUAAAAGUCCUUUAGCAUCCACUAAAGGGUUUUCCUCCAGUUUAGUCCCUCCAUCUUCCAAUCAACCCUGACUUGGCUUCCCUGUCACUGCUGGCUAAACGAUGCAGCCACCGCCGUGUUUCUCGUUAAUAAAUGACAGUAUAUUGAAGUUUGUGGUUGUCAUUUUGCAGAAUGUGCAAAAAGCUCAAGCGGUAUGAAUACUUUUCCAUCACCCUCCGCAUGUUCACUCCACGUCUUCCUGCCGCGGCGCCUUUAAGACGCAUGCUAAUCCGGCCUUCCGCAAACAUUUAUCCUUUUGUGAGCUGCAUGCGUCGCCGCAGACCACUUUACAAAGCCGUGUUUCUGUGUGACCGAUGAAACGUUUGCUUUCCGAUUAUUCGUGUCACGGGGUGCCGUCCGUUUUUGAUUCGGGCCCUUUUUUUUUUUCUUUUUUUCUUUUUAUCCAGCUGUUGUCUGAGUAAUGAAUAAAGUUGCUGUUUCCAAAAAGCCCAGGCGGCCUCCUGCGAACCGGAGACACCUCGAGUCUGCCGCCUGCUCCGCCACGCCGCGUGUUAUUUUAUCCAGAAGACAAAGUCUCAUUGAAAUCCUUUUGCUCCACAAAGGGAGCGUGAUGUGAAAGAUACGCUCUAAUAAGGACCCGCUCUAUCGCUUUCUGUUAUGCAAUAGGAUAUUAUAAUGUGGAAGCUGUUGUCGUUUUCUCCUUAUUGCUUUUCAAAGUUACGGUCUGCUGGCCUCGGGGUGUUUUUUUUUUUUUUUUUUUUUUUUUUUUUUUUUUUUUUUUUUUUAUCAUCAUCGUCUCUCAUAACGUGAUUUUUCUCGUCAGAAUCUGGUUCUUUGGUUCGGAUCGCUCGGCCCAAGUGCCUUUCAAAUGGAGGGGGGGGGGGACGUCUUAACUGAUGACACUUAACUGUAUCUGAGGCAAUAACAAUAUAGUUGUGUAAUAAGAGAAAGUGUUUGUUUUUUUUCCCCCCCGACAUGUUAUUUAUUUGUAAUGAGUUGCUCAAGGGUUCUGAUCCGUUUUGCACGCCGCCAGGAUGUUUUUUAUGAACUGUAAUAGGAGAGAGUGGUGGUGGGCAUUAGCGCUAGUCUGAUAUUGUUUUCCAACUUCUUAGACUCAUUUGAUGUUUGUUUGUUUUUUUCUGUCCAGGUAAUGCAUUAAAUUGUCCAUAAAUCAAAGCUAAAAACAAGAACUAAUAAACAUAUUUCUACACUCUG